AUGAGCGCGGCCUCCACGCCCGCUGGAUCCACGUUGGGCGUUUCAUCUGCCGGGCAUGGGUCUCAUGUUCACCCGCAUUCCAGCGCCAACCCUCUCGAGAUCAAGCUCGACUCGGACCACCUCGUCCUCCGAGGCCAGGGCAGCGACAUGGCCCCAGCGUACCUCUCCGGCUACGUGAGCUUGUGGCUCGCGGAGAGCACCAACAUCAAGGACAUUACGAUGAGCCUCACCGGCAAGGCCAAGGUCCAGCCGAUUCCUCCCCGGCGCCCGGGGCCUCACAACUACACGCACAACAUCAUUGCGCACGACUGGUCGUUCCUCCAGGGCAACAAGAGGCAUACGCAUACAUUGAAAGCCGGCCUGCACACCUUCCCAUUUUCCUUCACCAUCGAUGGCAAUCUCCCGUCCUCAGUGACGACCUUUCCCGGUGAUGGCGACAUUACAUAUCGACUGCGGGCUCAGGUGAUCCGCUCCGGCCUCGCGUUCAACCUGAGCGCAUACCGCACAUUUACCGUUGUGAGGACAUACACGCCCGAAGCCCUCGAGUUCAACCAGACGCUCGAGAUCGAGAAUACGUGGCCUGGCAAAAUCAUGUACUCGAUCACGCUGCCGUUCAAGGCGUACGCGGCUGGCGACUCGAUCCCGGUCAUCUUAAAGUUCAUGCCUAUUGCCAAGGGCGUGCGAGUAAUCAACAUCACAUCGGUGGUCAAGGAAUAUUCCUUGGUCAACACGCGCGGGUCGACGCAUCCAGAAACACGAGCCGUCAUCACGGUCAAACACGACAUUGUUGACGGGCGA